AAGAGCAGGAAUUGAACGGGUUUCCUUUGCCUCUGGGGGUUCAGAGUGUACGUGUGUCUCAACCGCUAUCAAAAGCGUAGUACUACAAUUCACUGCCUCACGUAGCGCUGUGGUCGAGACAGGUUUACAGAAAUCGCGUUUUCAGACUCGCUAUGCCCAGCAAGCUCAAUAUUGCCAACCGAGUCGAUGAAGACCUCGAUCCCCGAUGUCAAGACAAACGUCACCUUCACCGCCCUUGUACAACAUCGCGGGUUCGAUGCCGGGUUGACAAUGACUGAGUUUCCUCCAUCAUACGAGAAAACUGGAUUGGAUGCAGUACAAUGCAACCGCCUGACUCGCCACUAUUUAUCUUGCUUCUCCGGGCCCCUCAUAGAGGCUCCAACCCCCCAGAACUCCCUAUGGGGUUCCUUAACUGGGGCCUGGAGAGAAUCGCUGGGGUUCUGGAGUGGACUCACUUCAGUGCAACCUGGGUCUUACUCGCAUCUGGAUCCAGUAAGCCACGGGGCAAUGUCAGUUGGUCCCUUCGUGGGCAUAAGGAGAAGAAAGCCACAAUAUCACCACAUCGCCAGAUGCUCACAGCCGAAGUCGCAGACAUUCAUCUGGGAUCCUGACAAUGUGCCGACGCACAACAUGGGUAAAGUAAUCUGAGAUUCCCCUUGUCAACAUCCACACAUCAUCAUCCCAUCGGCCAUCGGGUUAAUGUUCACGAGAGACAACAACUGAUCAACACAUCUCCAUGGGAAAGUCUUCCCGGAUCACUCCGCUG